AAAGGGACGUGUGCUCUCGGCCGAUCUUGAUCCGCGAGCGAUGACGACGGGAGACGCGGGACUGGCGCUGGUCCUGGCCUGCCUCCUGGCGGCGGGCGCCGCGGCGGCCAAUGAAUUUAAAAUUCCAAGAAAUGUCCGGCACAAGAUGGCAUACAUGCCACUUGUUGACGACGCUCCGCUCAGCCCGCUGCCGGCCAUCACCAACGGCCAGCGGGCCGCCAGGGGCCAGUUCCCGCACCAGGUGGCGCUGUUCCUGGGCGCCUCCUUCUGCGGCGGCUCGCUCAUCUCCGCCUCGUGGAUCCUGACGGCCGCGCACUGCACCGUCGGGACGACCACGGCGACGGCCUACAUCGGCAGCCAGAACCUGUACGCCGCGGAGCCGGGCAAGCUGACGCCCGUGUCGCGCACCAUCAUCGAGCACGAGGGCUACAACGACCCCGUGUUCCUGGCCAACGACGUGGCGCUCAUCCGCAUCGUCUUCAGGGUCGCUGUCGGCUCUUUUGUGGGGUUUGUGAACCUUCCCAGUUUCUCCCAUAUCUCUGAGAGCUUCACUUCUCAAUCUGUUCAAGUGAGUGGAUGGGGCAGAACCUCAGACACGAUACCAGGCAUCAGCGAGGAACUGAACUACGUGGACCUGGAAGUCAUCAGCAACGAGAGGUGCGCCACCUUCUACGGCGAGAGCAUCCUCAACUCCACGCUCUGCGCUCACGGCGACGGCGGGAGGAGCACUUGUUCCGGCGACAGUGGCGGGCCGCUCGUCGUCCGGUACGAGAACACCUUCACGCAGAUCGGCGUGGUCAGCUUCGUGUCCAGGGCCGGCUGCACCAGCGGCGCGCCGUCCGGCUACGCCCGCGUCACGGCCUUCCUCGGCUGGAUACAGCAGCACACCAGCGUCCCCAUCAGGCUGUGAACACCCUCUGCCCUCCCCCUUUUCCCCCAUUCCCCCAGUCCCUUAGUCCCUUUGUUAACCACGCGAAGAGUGCAAAGACGCAGCACGACCCUGAUGCAAGAAAAUCACCUACAUUUAUACGGCAUGGAAGUCACGAGACUUCGCCAAUCCUACAACUACAAAUUGUAAAACAGUAGAAAAAAAUUCUUCUGUGGGCUAAUUUUCUAAUUCUGAUGUUUCAUAAUAAAAACAUUUAAAUUUAUCAAUAA